ACAGAAGGACAGAGGUACUGUAAUCUGGAAGAAAGGGUUGAGAAACACACACAGAUUUUGUGGUUCAAAGACAGGACUGGAUCAGGAAAGAGUGCAACAGGGAACACCAUCUUGGGAAGAGAAGCUUUUACCUCAGAGAUUUCUCCGUCUUCUGUGACAGUGACGUGUAAAAAAGAAACUGGCCACUUUGAUAACAGAACUGUCAGUGUGGUCGACACCCCCGGUGUGUUUGACACAUCGAUAAAUGAAGACCAGCUGAAAGGUGAAGUAGAGACAUGUAUCGUGCUGUCUGACCCAGGACCCCAUAUAUUCCUGCUGGUGAUCAGACUGGAUGUACGGUUCACAGAAGAGGAGAAGAAUGCAAUAAAGUGGAUCAAGAACAACUUCGGUGAGGAAGCCUCCAAUUAUACGCUGGUGCUUUUCACUAGGGGAGAUGAGCUCAAGGGGAAAUCCAUCCAGGAUUAUAUAGACCAAAGUUCUGAACUCAGGGAGUUCAUCGAUGACUGUACAGCUGGGUACCAUGUAUUUGACAACACAUGCAUGGAAAAUCGCACUCAGGUGGCUGAUCUGUUUGAACUGAUAGACGAGAUAGUGCAGUUAAAUGGUAACUAUUACACCAGAAGCAUGUACGAAGAGGCCCAGAGAAAGAAGAAUUCAAAGGAAUGGUGGAAAAGGGUGGGAGGCUAUAUGAACACUGUGGGUAAUCAGUUGUUUGUGGCAGCAGCAGCCACAGCUGUCCCUGCAGCUGGUGCAGCUGUAAUGGCAGAGGAAGCAGCCCCUGUAGCUGGUGCUUUGUUUACAGCAGCUACAUCCAUGAGAGUGAUUUCAGUGGCUGCAAGUGGAGGAAUCUCUAAGGUCAUGGGGUGGUGGGUGAAACCUAAAACAGACAGCUGAGUCAUGUCAAACCAUGAUACUUUGUGUAAAGUCAUUCCAUUGAUUUCCUUUUCACACAUUACAUUCAUAUUUGCCCUUUUGUAAAUAUUUAAUGAAAAAUGUAUGUACAUUCAUAGCCUACAUAUUAAUCACAGCUUGUCUGCUUUGAACCAUAAAUUAACCUUUUAUGACAAAUGUUUAAAUGUUGAUGCUGCACACUCUUAUCCUGAACAUCAUAUUGUGUGUUGGAUUUGUAAGAAUAAAAUAAAGAAAUAUGACAACAACUUCAAAAA